AUGGCGCAGAGGUAUGAAGAUUUGGCGCAUUACAGCAGCAUGAUGGACGGCGUUGGCGUGUACGGAGACCCACAUACACAUCACCACCUAAACCAUGCUCCUCCUCCUCCUCCUCACACCAAUCAGCCAUACGUGACAUCACACGGGCUCAUGGCAGGCAUCAUGGGUGCUAAUGAUGGACUCAAACGAGACAAGGAUCAGAUUUAUGGUCAUCCUCUAUUCCCGUUACUGGCACUGGUGUUUGAAAAGUGUGAGUUAGCGACGUGUACACCGCGGGAGCCGGGCGGGGCCGGGGGAGACGUGUGUUCAUCAGACUCCUUUAAUGAAGACAUCACCGUGUUCGCCAAACAGAUACGAGCAGAGAAACCAAUAUUCUCAUCCAAUCCAGAACUGGACAAUCUGAUGAUUCAAGCAAUACAAGUAUUACGAUUUCAUCUGCUUGAAUUGGAGAAGGUCCAUGAGCUGUGUGAUAAUUUUUGUCACCGCUACAUUAGCUGCCUGAAAGGAAAAAUGCCAAUUGAUCUGGUUAUUGAUGAUCGGGAUGGAUGCAAGUCUGAUUUUGAUGAUCUAACAUCCACACAUUUAUCAGAUCACAACACAGCGUCAUGGAGAGAUCUGGAUGACAAUCGCUCGACUCCUUCCAUUGGCACACCGGGACCGUCCAGCGGCGGCCAUGUUUCUCACAGCGGAGACAACAGCAGUGAACUGGGGGAUGGUCUGGAGAGCAGUCUGGCUUCUCCGGGAACGGGUGAUGAGGAUGACCCUGAUAAGAAACGACAAAAGAAGCGAGGGAUUUUUCCCAAAGUGGCAACUAACAUCAUGCGGGCAUGGCUAUUCCAGCACCUCACACAUCCUUAUCCAUCAGAAGAGCAGAAGAAGCAGCUUGCUCAGGACACAGGACUCACCAUCUUACAAGUGAAUAACUGGUUCAUUAAUGCACGCAGACGGAUAGUACAGCCCAUGAUCGACCAGUCCAACCGAGCCGGUACACAGACUCACCCUGCAGUGAGUCAGGGAACUCCGUUCAGUUCGGACGCUCAGACCAUGGGGAGCUUCAUGUUGGAUGGACAGCAGCACAUGGGCCUUCGACCUCCUGGUGCGAUGGGAGGAAUGGGCAUGAACAUGGCGAUGGAUGGACAGUGGCACUACAUGUAGCACUCCUACAGAUAUCGAUGCAGGUGUGUACGGUUCCAUUCAAAUCCACAAAACUUUAUUAUCACUGCGCACUCAAUUACACUUACAGUCUGAACAUUACACACAUUACAGCAC